CUCUGCGGAGGCACUUUCCGGCCCGGGAGCCCCCCCCCUCCCCCCCGCGCACUGACUACAUCUCCCACCGUGCCCUGCGGCGGCCCAGGACGUUGUGGUCGCGGGUCCGGCUCUGCUGGAAACCACAGCCGGGGCUCGGCCGGCGGCCACUGGAGUCCGGAGAGGGCGGCUGCCAUGGGCCCCCGGCGCCGGGUCCGCUUCGCCAAGUGCCAGCUCCUGGCCACCUGCUUCUUCAUCCUGCUGCUGAGCCUCAGCAUGGGCGCCCUGACCGCCCUGGGCCGGUUUGGGAACCGCUUUGUCGUCCUGCUCGCCGCCUCCCCGGAGAACGGCCCGUCCGGGCCCUUGCACCACUUGGCUUUCUCCCUGGGCAUCUUCCUGACCUCGCUGCUGACCCUCGGGGUGGUUCUGAGCAUCCUGGCCGUGGUUCGAGAAGCCAAGGGCCUCAUGGCCGGGGGCUUCCUUUCCUUCACCUUGGUGUUCCUGGUGGCCGUGCAGGUGACCUUCUGGAGGUACCGGGAGCCCUCCCAGGUGGAGAACACCAUGCUUGACACCUACGACCUGGCUUACGAACAGGCAACUCGGAAUGUCUCGGACAUCUGGUGGCAGAAGCUGGCGGCCAUCCACGACACGUUUGGCUGCUGUGGAAAGAGCUCCCCUCUGAGCUGGCUGGGACAGGAGGAGAAGGACCUGUGCAAGGCAGUGCGGCAGAGAGCGGGCUGCCUCCAGGAGAUCAGCCGCUUUGUGAGGGAGCACCUGAGCUUGGUCAGCCUCCUGUUCGCCGUCACCCUGGCCUUCAUGGUUUACGGGAUGUUCCUCACUUCCUUCCUCUGGCUGACCAUCCAUUACGGCAGGAAUCUGGACCGCAAGGGCCAGUACACACUGACGGCCCGCUAGG